ACAGGGAACGCGUGGAAGCCUCAUUACUUUCUCAUCAGAGGAGGACACUGCAAGUUUUCUGGGAUUUUAGCACAGCAUCUCAAGUCUUUUAUUUUUAGGCACUAGAAUUCAUGUGCACUUUAUCUGCCUAAACCUGUUCACCAAGGUAACAACCAGAUAUAGACUGAAGGCUACACAUAGGCUGGCAUUGGAUCUGCUGCUGCUGCACUGCUGAUUCUGCCUUACUCAGAUUCUUUUUUUGGAGAGUGUCGUUCAACUAAAUUGGCUCACUGAUUGAUUGGCAGAUGCUUAGGUGACCACGUAUUUUUGGAAACAUAAGCUUGCAAUCUGCUCUCAUUGUUUGUCAAGAAACAGAAUAUGGAAGCUAUGCAAAAAUGAUCUUCCUGGAGAGAAAAGCUAGGAGUGCUGACUACUGUCUGUACUCUCCAUAGGAAAGUCAGGCUUGCCUCUCAGUUCCUUGUGCUCUCUGCCUCUUCUAAUGAUGGGAAUAUUUUUCAAAUGGAGGGUUAAAGGAGGUUUUGUAUGGUAUCUUAUAUUAGCACGUUGUGGACGUUUGAGGACUGUCUAGCACUGAAAACUUAAACGUGGAUAUGAGUUUACCUACAAACUGUGGUUUCCUGGUUCCUAUGGACUAUGGAGGACGUAAGUUAUAUAAUGGACACGUAUAUGGGUCACCAUGUGCAGUCAACAGACCUAUCGAUAUCGUACAAAGAAGGAGACGCUUUGAUGUUGAAAAUGGCUUAUCAGCAGGCAGAAGCCCCUUGGACCCGCAGGCCAGUCCAGGAUCAGGCCUGGUUCUGCAGGGCAACUUUCCCCACAGCCAGAGAAGAGAGUCUUUUCUUUACCGAUCUGACAGCGACUAUGACCUUUCUCCUAAAGCCAUGUCAAGGAACUCGUCUAUUGCCAGCGACUUGCAUGGAGAAGACAUGAUAGUAACCCCUUUUGCACAGGUUCUGGCCAGCCUUCGAACGGUGCGGAGCAACUUUGCCAUGCUAACUCACCUUCAGGACAGAGUGUCUAACAAGAGAUCAUCUGGCAAUAAUCCACCAACAGUGUGUAAACCAAACCUAUCUGAGGAUGCCGUUCAGAAACUGGCCAUCGAAACUCUGGAAGAGUUGGAUUGGUGUCUGGACCAACUGGAGACGCUGCAGACCAGACACUCAGUCAGUGAGAUGGCCUCAAACAAGUUUAAGAGGAUGUUGAAUAGAGAACUUACACAUUUGUCUGAAACAAGUCGCUCUGGAAACCAAGUGUCUGAAUAUAUAUCCAAUACGUUCUUAGACAAGCAGCAUGAAGUUGAAAUCCCCUCACCAACUACCAAGGAGAAGGACAAGAAGAAGAUACCCAUGUCCCAAAUUAUUGGUGUAAAGAAACUGACACACAGCUCAAGCUUCACUACCUGCAGUAUUCCACGCUUUGGGGUGAAGACCGAACAAGAAGCACUUCUAGCAAAGGAAGUAGAAGACACCAACAAGUGGGGGCUGGAUAUAUUUAAGAUAGCUGAAUAUUCUGGAAAUCGACCCUUAACAGUCAUCAUGUACUCCAUCUUUCAGGAGAGGGACCUCUUAAAGUCAUUUAGAAUUCCUGUGGACACGUUUAUUACGUACAUGAUGACGCUGGAGGAUCAUUACCAUGCAGAUGUGGCCUACCAUAACAACAUCCAUGCUGCAGAUGUGGCCCAGUCCAUUCACGUCUUACUCUCCACUCCUGCUCUAGAGGCUGUGUUUACUGACUUGGAAAUCAUGGCUGCCAUCUUCGCUAGUGCUAUUCAUGAUGUUGAUCAUCCAGGAGUAUCCAAUCAAUUUCUAAUAAACACCAACUCUGAGCUGGCGUUGAUGUACAAUGAUGCUUCUGUCUUAGAAAACCAUCACCUUGCAGUUGGAUUUAAGCUCCUUCAAGAAGAGAACUGUGACAUUUUUCAGAAUUUAUCCAAAAAACAGCGCCAAAGUUUAAGAAAAAUGGUCAUUGACAUGGUACUGGCAACAGAUAUGUCCAAACACAUGAAUCUUCUGGCUGACCUGAAAACAAUGGUAGAAACAAAGAAAGUGACCAGUCUGGGAGUUUUGCUGCUUGAUAAUUAUUCUGACCGAAUACAGGUCCUUCAAAACAUGGUUCACUGUGCAGACCUGAGCAAUCCCACCAAACCACUGGAGCUGUAUCGCCAAUGGACAGAUCGGAUCAUUGUAGAAUUCUUCCAUCAGGGAGAUCGGGAGCGUGAAAAGGGAAUGGAGAUCAGUCCCAUGUGUGACAAACACAAUGCUUCUGUUGAAAAGUCACAGGUCGGUUUUAUUGACUACAUUGUGCAUCCUCUGUGGGAAACCUGGGCUGACUUGGUUCACCCAGAUGCCCAGGAAAUACUGGACACAUUAGAGGACAAUAGAGAGUGGUAUCAAAGCAUGAUCCCCCAAAGUCCAUCCCCUCCACCAGAAGAACAAGACCCUGAUAGGGGAAGUACUGCAGGAGACAAGUUUCAGUUUGAACUGACAUUGGAGGAAGAAGGCGAGUCCGACACUGAGCAAGAAGAGAGUCCUGUUGAUGAGGAAAACAGUGACUCAAAAACCCAGGUCACCGAUGAUUCAGCACAAGUCAGCGAUGAAGCUGAGCAGCCCUCUCCAGUAGACCCAUGCAGGAGUGUGUCCAACCAGCUGGAUCACUUAGAACUCCCCUCCAAGAACACACUAACCAAGCAGAAAAAAGUAUUGAACUUCGAUAACUUGAAAUUAGCAGCUGAAAGGACGCUACCACAAAAGGACACCCGGAGGGCUGCAUCCACUAAUACUGCAGAGCAGGAGACCUCAGGCCAAGGGGAGGUCUGUUUGGACCAAGAGGGAAACAUCACAUAUCUUCCAUUAGGAACGUAACCCCAGAUUGUCACAUCACUAUUUUAUUUUAAUUCACGCACACUUUGCAUUUUAUUUUUCUGGAGGAGGGAUGUAUUUUAUGGGGGAAAAAAAGUAUUUAAAAUGAAAAAAAAUAAUAAUGAAAGACCUGAUAUCAGAAGAAACGAAUUGUCCUCAAUAUCAGUAAAACCGCAUGGACGAGCAUGGUGAAAUGUCAUAUGGUUUUAUUUCAUUUCUAAUUUUGGCAAGGAGGCAACAAUUUCCAAUCUUAAGCUGCCGCGUGGUUGGUAUUCUUUCUGGUAGAAAGUAAGUUAAAGGGAAACUAUAGCUAAAAUAUUUGCAGUAUUAAAUGUAAGAGUUUACAUCCCCUAAAAUGGGCACCUGCUACCUGAGGCUCCCCAGCUGCUGGUGAACUUCAUGUGCCAGUGUGCAAUUCUUUGCUUUGGUCUGUCAUGUUUUAACUUUAUUUCAUGUGAGAAAUAAGUGCCAAUAUGAGUGGGUUAUUUGCAUGGAGUAUCUUGUAUUUAAGUUAUAGUUUUCCACUUUGGCCUUGCUCAAAGAAAGAAUUCGGCCAUGGAAAAAUGUGUAUGGAGCUGCUUGGAACAACGAGAAUGAGUAAUUGGUAUAGGUACUGAAAACUUUAUCCUCUGCCACCCCAAUACGUAUAUGGCUAUCAUUACAGAUUGCCUCAACGUUUCCCCAAAAUUUCAGCAAGCUCAGUAGGGUGGGUACCACAUAAUGAAAGUAGCAGCAAGAUUGAGAUUAUUUCCACAUUUGUUUCUGAAUGGGAACCUGUAUUAUGAAAUCUUGAUGUGCGUGUGUGUACUAGGAGACACACAAGCAUGCAUGUUAUCACAGACGCAGUGCACUUUAUGCGUAUGUGGGAUCACAGAGGUAGAAACCAGCAUUAAAUCCUUAGAUUGUCAUUCAGUCAGGCCAGUUUUCUGUUCAUCUGUAAGACUGGGAUUAGUCUUGGCCUGUAUAAACUAUAACCUUCCUAAUGCCUCUACGGAUUAUGAAUAACGCAGGUCUUUGGGCUUUACUUUUGCAAUGGUGAAAACCUUCUUGAUAUUGGAAUGUGGGGGGAACAGGUGUUGUCUAUGCGCGCAUAGGAACGCCAGAUAUUCUAAACCUCAGGGUAUGGUAGAAAUGUUGUAUGUGUGUUCUGAUAACUGGUGUUCAUACUUUCUUAACCCAAAUGUCGCACAUGUAUAGUGGAGAGAAUUGGCGGUUUCAGGAUGAAUGCCUAUUGGAUUUACAUGUUAAAGUCAGAUCAGUUGCUGAUGUGUCCACAGAGGUGAUUUAGCCUAGAUUUAGGUAGGCACUGAUUUCAGCAUUGGGGGAGAUAUAUUAUUACGAUCUGAACUUUCGACAGGUAAAAACCAGACCAGGCUGCAGAAGAUGUGAAGUGGAUCCUGCUUAUAGAUUUGCCUCAUCUUGAUAGACAUAUCAAACACUUUUCCUUACACCAGCUCUUGGUUGUCAUUAGAUCAAUAUUUUGCACCACAAUUUAGGUGCACUUUAAGACUCCACUAAACCACACCCCUUUUUUUAAACAGUUUUCCAAACUGUGUAGUGGAGUACAAUAAGUACACAAGGUAUGUAUGACAAUGUAUGAUCUGGCACAUCCAGCUUAGUUCAUCUCCUCCAUGUGUUUGUGUUCUCCACAAAUGGAUUGAAUGGUUACUACACUACUACUGUUUCGGAUUAAGACCUCUCUUUGGCAUUAUGUUGUCCUGUGUUCCCGUUUCUUUGGCACGGUUUAUUUUUACAAAUUAACAAUUUGAAUUACAAAAGUUAGGCUACUUUCCGUCGGAUCUGUCAUGGAUUUGCAAAAAUGCUUCCGUUACAAUAAUACAACCGCAUGCAUCCUUCAUGAACGGAUCCGGUUGUACUAUAUCUUAUAUAGCCAAAACAGAGCCGUCAUGAGCGGAUCCGGUUGUAUUAUGUCUUAUAUAGCCAAAACAGAUCCGUCAUGAACUCUAUUUACAUUGUGUUCCAGGGUGGAUACAUUUGGCUCGGUUUCAUCAAGUAGACAGCAAAACGCUGCAGGCAGUGUUUGUGUCCGCCUCCAGAGCAGAAUGGAGACUGAUCGGAGGCAAACUGAUGUAUUCUGAGCGGAUCCUUUUCCAUUCAGAAUGAAUUAGGGCAAAACUGAUUAGUUUUGGACCGCUUGUGAGAGCCCAUGACGGAUCUCAGAAACGGAAAGCCAAAAUGCUAGUGUGAAAGUAGCCUUCUAUGAUUCAGUUUUGGAGGAAGAUGGUGCAUUGGAUAUCACCACCCAUAUAAGCUAGAACCAACUGUUCACAUCUUGAUGGGUCUUACGGACGUACUGUCAAGGCUAUUGGAUUAAUCUAGUAACAGCUAGCCAAAAAUGACCUUUCAUCUACUGUUUGAUACUGUGUUAAGAUAUGUAAAUUGUCUUCUAUUGUGCGUAAUAUCGCUGUCGCCUUAAGAUGUAUGUAGCCCUCAUUUUGGAAAUGAAAAGGGCAGAUCUGCCAGGUUACAAGUGUUUCAGUGUUCAUUUUUGCAAAGUGUUCCAUUUGGGUUGAGAAAUGGGAAUACUCUCAGGAGGAAUAUGGACUCCAUUUAAUUUAUUGUGCUAAAGUUUCACUUUAUUUUAAUGUAUUUGUAGUUCACUUUUGAACAAAGUCACACUUCUGUGCACACUUCUCUUGUCUCUGAUCUAAUUUUACUGUGAUUUGCACUCAAAAUGCUGCAUUACUAUAAUCUUGCACUUCUCACCAACAACGGUGAAAUGAUGCCCAGAACAUGAGACUGCCGGGUGAAAGGCUGCAGUGGGUGUUAAGGGCAUCUUUGAGCAUACCAGACAAUACUAUAAAACACUACUAUAAAGUAAUAGGUUUAGAAAAUAAUAAAAUCCUUGUGUUAUCAAGUGAAAGCUCACACGACCAUAUGCUGUGUAAAGGGUACAUCAUUUUUUAAUCGUCGGUCUUUGUUAGACAUUUGCAACAGUUUGUCUUCUUCUACAACCUUCAGUUUUCACUUCCUCUGCAGAUUGUUCUCUCUGCUUUUCACUGAUAUCCAUCAGAAAGCUGUUCUAACAGCUCUGUCUGUAGCCCUUAUCUCUAGUUCUUAUAUAAACAAUCAUAUAAGCUGUAUUCUUAUCUUAUGCCCAUCAUAAUUUAGCUUAAAUGAGUGUUUAUCAGCUGUUAGGAGAGUAGACACAAGGCUACAGAUCAAGCUGUCUGAGCAGGUGUGUGACAGAUUUUAUUGAAAACCAGAAGAAACAGUGUGCAGUCCAUGAAAACUGAGGGCUGUAGAAGACAAACUGUUGAAAAUAAUUUGAAAAGACUAACUGGUAAUUUUUUUUUUUUUUAGCCCAAUAUAAGUAGAAUGCAAUAACCAUUUAAAAAGGUGUCCAUAGCCUUUUAAAGGGUUUCCAAGCAAUUCCUGUCUCACCUCAACAUGGUGGAAUGGCCCACAUUGGCUAAGGCAGCGCUAAGGGCAGUAAUUUGUUUAACAGGCUUUUCCUGCCAUUUUUGGUGUGCUGAGCCAAGACAAGUGAAGAGCAGCAGGGAGCAGACCAGUACAGUAACAGUGGUUGUAAAUAAUGCUUCCUUAUUUUAACCCUUUCUCUCUUAGCCUUUUUUCUUUUAAACGAUCUCCAUGAAAACCUCUUUAAAUGUUUUGAAACUUGUUUAUGUUAAGUCGCCAAAUUUUGCUCUUUGCAACUCCUUUUUUGGCUUGGAACAGAACUGAGUUCCCAGUACAUUUGACUUUAGUAUUUUACUACUGUUUCCCUAAAAUUUAUUUUACCUUUUUGAUGGUCUUCUUGAGCAGAUUUUUGUUAGAUUAUUAAACAAAGCAGUGAGAUGUGACAACCCUUUUAAAGGAAUGUGUCAUCAGAAAAUGUCCUAUUUUUAUAUCAAGUUUUAUGUGAAACAUUUUUUUUUAGUUUUUUUGAAUUAAUAUUUCAUGUCACACAAAAAAAUUCUAAUCCUACAAUCAUGCGGUUUUCAGACUAGACUACAGGAAAUCUCAGUCACAGGAUUGAGUGAUAUCACCUAUUGUAAAUAGUGGAUGCUGUGUUAUCUAUACAAAGGUGAUAUCUACCAUUGUAAUUAUGCCAGUGAUGAUAAAGCAAUGGCUACUGAAACGUUACCUGUAAAGAACAGGAAGUCUCUGCAUAAUACUAGGCCUAGUGGCCAGUGCAAAAAUGGCUGGAUUGUAGGAUUAUUUUAAAUAUAGUAACAUGAAAAAUUAACCCAAAAAGUCUUUAAAAAUUAUGUUUAAUAGGCCAUGUUCUGAUUAAGGUUCAUGCACCAUGAAGGCUUGUAAAGGGUACAUCAUUUUGGGGACAUUUUUUAAUUGUCGGUUUUUAUUAGACAUUUGCAAGUUUGUCUUCUUCUACAACCUUCAGUGUUCACUUCCUCUGCAGAUUGUUCUCUCUGCUUUUCACUGCUAUCUAUCAUUAAGCUGCUCUGUCUGUAACCUUUAUCUCUAGUUCCUCGACAGCUCGCUCAUUUUGUGUGUGUGUGUGUGUAUAUUCAGCCAUAUUCAUUGAUAAGAACAGAUACACCAUCAUGUAUAACCAGGAAAACCUUUACAAGGUUUUGGGGUUUUGUUCCCCAUAAGGGUAGCCAACACAUAGAACUGAAUUAUGGGGAUGCUCAUAAGUUCUAUAUUGAUUGAAAAUAUACAUUGUUUAAAGGUGUUGUCUUGAUCAAACCAGGCCAGGUCAUUUUCUGAUCUAUGUGGGCCCAGCUUCUGAAACGCUGAACAAUUGAUAUGGCCAUGUGAAUCGCUGGCUGGCCACACAUGUCUUGGUCAGCCAUAUAUCUGAAUGAUCAGACAAGCUUCAUAGCGUCUUUACUUAGUUGCAUUGAUGUCUUUGUAAAUAUAAUUUAUGCUCCAAAAGAUGCCUGUAACACCCAUAAGAAGCAGUUCUUCACAGCAGUAUUUUGGUCAGGAGGUGAUAAAGGUCCUUUUGUUAACAGCUGAUCUGGUAGAGAAGCCAUAGUGGACCUUAGUGGAGAAGGUGAAAAAUGUGCCAAUCAUUACUGCUGCAAUAGUGACCAGCUGUUAAUCAUUCGUGUGUCAAGCCAGGAUUAAUGGACGGAUGCCAAUAUAUGGAACGUCUUGCUGUUUUUACCUUUAAGACAUUUCACAUAUAGGACACCCGUUUAUAAAUCCAGACCUAAGUCUCUUAGAAUUGUCACAAACCAUAUUUGUUUUAUUAUUUUUCUUAAUAAAAAAGUUUAUCUUUUU